ACCUGAUUCCUGCCCCCACCCCACCCCUUCACAUUCCUCCACCCGCGUCCAGUGCCCUCCGCCUCCGCAGCCCAAGCCCGGGUCUCCCGCUCCAACUAUUCCAACCAUGCUGGGCAGGGUGGGGCGCUCGGCUCUCGGGCCCCCCUCCGUGGCACCCCUCCUCCGAGUCAGUCACCCCUACUGCCCCGGUCCCUCCCUUUCUGGGGUGGGGCCAGCCAAUGGGGGACUAGGCUCCAGGGUUUGGCCCUGGUGCCGGUUGCUCUCGGAUCCCCCGCCCCACAGUGCUGGCCGGCGUCCCGGUGCGCACGGACGUGGCUUGAGUUUCCUCGCCUCUCGGUUCUCGCUCUCUUCCUCCUCUCGCUCCCCCUUUCUCUCCGGAUCCUCUCACUCCGCUCCAGCUCCAGCUCCGCUCGGCCGGUCCCGCACCGCUCCGGGGAGCCAUGGAGGACGUCACACUUCAUAUCGUGGAGCGGCCGUUUUCCGGGACGCCCGAAGUUGAAGAUCGUGAGCCCUCCCAGGUGGGGGCACCGGCCGCUGAGGAGCCGUCGGGGACCGGCUCGGAGGAGCUGAUCAAGUCGGACCAGGUGAAUGGCGUGCUGGUGCUGAGCCUCUUGGACAAGAUCAUCGGCGCCGUCGACCAGAUUCAGCUGACCCAAGCCCAGCUGGAGGAGCGGCAGGCGGAGAUGGAGGGCGCGGUGCAGAGCAUCCAGGGCGAACUGGCCAAGCUGGGCAAGGCGCACGCCACCACGAGCAACACGGUGAGCAAGCUCCUGGAGAAGGUGCGCAAGGUCAGCGUCAACGUGAAGACCGUACGAGGCAGCCUGGAGCGCCAGGCCGGUCAGAUCAAGAAGCUGGAGGUCAACGAGGCCGAGCUGCUGCGGCGCCGCAACUUCAAAGUCAUGAUCUACCAGGACGAAGUGAAACUGCCGGCCAAACUGAGCAUCAGCAAGUCGCUGAAGGAGUCGGAGGCGCUGCCGGAGAAGGAGGGCGACGAGGCCGGCGAGGGCGAGCGGCCCGAGGAGGACACAGCGGCGCUGGAGCUGUCGUCGGACGAGGCGGUGGAGGUGGAGGAGGUCGUCGAGGAGUCGCGCGCCGAGCGCAUCAAGCGCAGCGGCCUGCGGCGCGUGGACGACUUCAAGAAGGCCUUUUCCAAGGAGAAGAUGGAGAAGACCAGGGUGCGCACGCGUGAGAACCUGGAGAAGACGCGCCUGAAGACCAAAGAGAACCUGGAGAAGACGCGCCACACCCUGGAGAAGCGCAUGAACAAGCUGGGCACGCGCCUCGUGCCGGCCGAGCGGCGCGAGAAGCUCAAGACGUCCCGGGACAAGCUGCGCAAGUCCUUCACGCCCGACCACGUGGUGUACGCGCGCUCCAAGACGGCCGUGUACAAGGUGCCGCCCUUCACCUUCCACGUCAAGAAGAUCCGCGAGGGCGAGGUGGAGGUGCUCAAAGCCACCGAGAUGGUGGAGGUGGGUCCCGACGACGAGGAGGCUGGCGCCGAGCCCGGCGAGGCGGGCGACCUGCUGCGCGCCAGCAGCCCCGACGUGCACACGCUGCUGGAGAUCACCGAGGAGUCGGAUGCCGUGCUGGUGGACCGGAGCGACAGCGACUGAGCCCGCCCCACCCCACCCCGCGCUUGCCCCCCGCCCCCCCACAUACUUUCCUCUUUCGCACCACCUGCGCUCCUCUACCCCCUCCUACUCCUUAGUCCUCCACUCCCAGAUUCGCUGCUGGGGUCCGCUGUGGAAAACAGCACCCCUUACCCCCAAGAGGGCGGAGCGGGAGGCAGCCCCAGUGCAGACGUAGUCUGGGUGAAAAUACGGGCUCCGUGUUGGAGAUCCAGGAGGAAGUCGCUGCCAGGCCUUGGUGGGCUCUCCCGAUGGGUGGGUGGAGGACUGCCUGCCCUUUGGCCGCACUCACGCUCCGAAACUGCCACGCGCCUGCGUGAGCUCUUUUUCCUGCUCUUCUGGGCCCACUCUUCAAAGCCAGAUUUUCCAAAGAGGAAAAUGGAAUCCUGCAGGGGACCUUGGCUCACGUAGAAGACCCGCCCCCCACGCUUUGCAGUCGGAUCU